AUGAGUCAAUCACUGUCUGUACCUCCGUUUUUCGACGGAAGUAAUUAUGCGUAUUGGAAAGUUAGAAUGCGUGCAUUCCUCAAAUCAUUAGAUGAGCAUGUGUGGAUUAGUGUUCAAAAUGGUUGGAAACCUCCCUCUAGUAUCGUAUCAGGAAACAUUCAUCUCACUGACAUAUCAUUGUGGACUAAAGAUGAGUUAGCUGCAUGUAACUGGAAUAGUAAGGGAAUUCAUGCAUUAUUCAUGGCACUAUCACCAGAAGAGUUUAGGCGAGUCUCUAUGUGCGAAACUGCUAAAGAGGUUUGGGACAUUCUCGAAACAACACAUGAGGGAACUAAAAUAGUAAAAAACUCAAAACUGCAAAUGCUAGCUUCUAGGUUUGAAGAAGUGAGAAUGAAAGAUGAUGAAACAUUUGAUGAGUUUUACGCUAAGCUAAAUGACAUAGUUAACUCGAGUUUCAACCUAGGUGAGAGAAUUCCCGAGACCAAGAUAGUGAGAAAGGUACUUAGAUCCCUACCUGAGAGAUUUAGGCCUAAAGUCACUGCUAUUGAGGAAAGUAAGGACCUAGAUGAAGUUAAGAUCGAAGAAUUGGUAGGAUCAUUGCAAACCUAUGAACUCACUCUCUCACAACACCAAUGUGGUGCUCUAGGACACACUAGGUCUAGAUGUUACAAGUUAGGCAAUGAGCGUAGAAGUCAAAACAUUCCUAGUCAGGUUAGCUUUCUGUCUAAUCAGGUUAGUCAUCUGACUGAGAUGCUUACUAAGCUAACUAAGAGUAACUUGUCGCCUAAAAGGAUUUGGGUCAAAAAGGGUGAUUUAAUUAGACUAUCAGGUCAAGAGAAAUGCCUUGUUGCUAAUGUUGCAUUAAAAGCUCAAAAUUCUAGUAUGUGGUACCUUGAUAGUGCAUGUUCUAGACAUAUGUGUGGUAAUAAAUCUUUGUUUACUACUCUUGAUGAAUGUAAUGGUGGUAUGGUUACUUUUGGAGAUGGGGGCUCUGCACCUAUUCUCGGCAAAGGUACCGUACAAAUGCUUGGUUUGCCUGUGAUUUCUAAUGUGCUAUAUGUGGAAGGUUUAAAAUCAAAUUUGCUAAGCAUCAGUCAAAUCUGUGAUGAUGAUUUUGAGGUUAGUUUUGUGCAGAAGAGAUGUACUGUAUAUGAUUCAUCCGGUGGGGUAGUCCUUGAAGGGGUUAGAACAUCCGACAAUUGUUAUGGGGUACUACCUAAUUCUAACUAUGUAGCCAUCGGGGAAAAUGGAGAUGAAAAUUAA